UCCUCGCCGCCACCUUCGUCGGACGUGCCCACCCUUCUCCUGUGACCGCUGGGCCGCCGCCCCUGCGCCGCCAUCAUGGUGAAGAUCGUCAAGACACCGAAGAAUCAGAUGAAACAGAAAAAACUGGCUCCUCCCCCCAAAAUUGUCGAGGAAAGUGAGGAAGAGUCCUCCGAGCUGGAUGAGAGCAGUGGAGAAGAGAUGGUCCCUCAGAAGAAACAAAAAGUAGCAGUUACACCAGCCAAGAAGGCAGCUACCCCUGCAAAGAAGGUCAUCACUCCUGCGAAAAAGGCAGUUACACCUGCCAAGAAGGCUGUGGCUACUCCAGCUAAAAAGGCUGUUGUUGUCCCAUCACCUAAAAAGGCUGCUGUCCUAAGCAAAGGGGCAAAAAAUGGAAAGAAUGCCAAGAAGGAAGAGAGUGAGGAGGAAGAUGAAGAUGAGGAUGAAGAUGAGGAUGAUGAUGAGGAUGACGAAGAAGAUUCUGAGGAGCCACCAAUGCCUCUGAAGCCUGUAGCCAAAAAGCCUGCAGCAGUACCAGCCAAAAAGCCUGCAGUUGUGCUAGCAAAGCAAGAAUCUGAAGAGGAGGAGGAGGAUGACGAUGAUGAUGAGGAGGAGGAAGAUGAUGAGUCUGAAGAUGAAGCCAUGGACACAGCCCCUAUUCAAGUGAAGAAAACCGCUCCAUCAAAGGCUGCACCAUUGAAAGCGAAGGCAGACUCUGAAGAUGAUGAGAAUGAAGAGGAGGAUGAUGAAGAUGAAGACGAGGAGGAUGAAGACGACGAGGAUGAAGAGGAUGCCGAGGAGGAAAGUGAGGACGAAAAACCUGUCAAGGAAGCACCUGGAAAGAGGAAGAAAGAAAUGGCCAGUAAAAGUGCACCAGAGGCCAAGAAAAAGAAAGUGGAGGGACCCACUUCAGCUUUCUCUGUCUUCGUCGGAAAUUUAGCCUCCACCAAGGAGUUUGAUGAACUGAAGACUGGCAUCAGAGAUUUCUUUGGAAAGAAGAAUAUUGAAGUUUUAGAUGUCAGAAUUGGUACUUCCAAGCGAUUUGGCUAUGUAGACUUCUCGUCUGCUGAAGAUCUGGAUAAAGCUCUCCAAAUGAAUGGAAAGAAGCUAAUGGGUUUGGAAGUCAAACUGGAAAAAGCAAAGAGCAAAGAAACACUAAAAGAAAAUAAAAAAGAGAGAGAUGCUAGAACACUGUUUGUGAAGAACCUGCCCUACCGCAUCACUGAAGAUGAAAUAAGAGAAGUGUUCGAGAACGCAGUAGAAGUCCGAAUGGUCAUGAACAAGGAGGGGAACAGCAAGGGGAUGGCCUAUAUUGAAUUUAAAUCAGAAGCUGAAGCAAACAAAGCUCUGGAGGAGAAGCAGGGUACAGAGGUUGAUGGUCGUGCCAUGGUCAUUGAUUACACUGGUGAGAAGAGCCAUCAAGAACAUCAGAAAGGAGGUGGAGACAGGGAGUCAAAGACCUUAAUUGUCAACAACCUCUCAUAUUCCGCUUCAGAAGAGACUCUGCAGGAACUGUUUACAAAGGCUUCUUCCAUCAAGGUGCCACAGACCAACCAGGGCAGGUCUAAAGGGUAUGCAUUUGUAGAAUUUCCCACAACUGAGGAUGCCAAAGCAGCAUUGAACUCCCAUAACAACACAGAGAUUGAGGGCAGAGUAAUCAGACUGGAAUUCAGUUCACCAGCGUGGCAGAAAGGAGGGAACAUGAAUGCAAGAGGAGGGUUUAAUCAACAAAGCAAGACAUUGUUUGUCAGAGGCCUUUCUGAGGACACCACAGAAGAGACGCUAAGAGAAUCAUUUGAAGGCUCAAUAAGCGCUAGAAUAGUCACAGACAGAGACACUGGAUCAUCUAAAGGAUUUGGAUUUGUGGACUUCAGCUCUGCCGAAGAUGCUAAAGCUGCUAAAGCAGCUAUGGAGGAUGGAGAGAUAGAUGGAAACAAAGUGAUCCUUGAUUUUGCCAAGCCAAAGAGUGACUUCCAGCGUGGUGGUGGAUUUGGUGGUCGUGGUGGCAGAGGAGGAGGCCGAGGAGGAAGAGGUGGAUUUGGUGGGAGAGGUGGUGGCAGAGGAGGAUUUGGAGGUAGAGGAGGUGGCUUCCGAGGAGGCAGAGGAGGAGGUGGAGAUCACAAGCCACAAGGGAAGAAGAUAAAGUUUGAAUAAACCUCCCUUUUCCUUUCCCCUUCUGCUCUCUGAGACUAUCUGAAAGGACUCCUGGGGUUUUUAUUCUCCUUUGAUCGUGGCGGAGCCUUUGGAGGACAUUCCAAGAUGCAAAGCAGUGCUGUGAACCACUUGGAAGGUGCAGUUUUCAUUUCAAGAAAGAGAGCGCAGGCCCUUUUGGCUGCUUGCCUGUCCACAUGAACUUUUUAAAAAACGAGCGAUAGAUGUGGGAAUUUACCCCUUGUCUGUGAGUUUGUCUUGAAUUUAUAAUGUUUUACCCAUGUACAAAAAUAUUUUUUUUUCCUAUAAACUUCUGUAGCAUUUUUUUGCUGUAAAAAUGCAGAAUGUUUUAUCAUUUGUGCUUCAGCACCCUGUCUUGGACAGAUUA